CAUCACAGUCGUGUCCACAGACGCGCACGCAAAUGACACCGGGACAACCUGUCUCCUAAAGUUUUUCUCUAAAACUCACUUUUUCUAAUCAGAUGCCACGAUGUUGCCUUUCAAGAGAACUUUUGACAGCGAGAAGCAGCAGCUGCAGGAGCUCAACAGCAGACUUGCCCAGUAUCUUUCCAGGACGAAGCAGCUGGAGCAGGAAAAUGCGCAUCUCAUCACUCAAAUCAACAAACUCAGACAGACGAAGAGGGUGGACUGGGAGCCCAAGUAUCUGGGUGAGAUGCGGGAGCUGAGGAGAAUGGUGGGGCAGUUGUCGUUUGAAAAGUCCCAGGCUGAGAUGGAGAGGGAGAAGCUAUGGCGGGAGUUGCAGAUGGUCCAGUCUAUGUGCAGCGAGCAGACCGAGGUGUGCAGGGACAUCAGUGGCGAGCUGAAAGGCUACGAAAAGGAGCUCCACCACGCUCACAAGACCAACGAUGAACUCCAGCAGCGUUUAUUCCAGCUGGAAAACGAGUAUAAAUGUAUGGUCGAUGCGCACAUGCAAGAAAAGGACCAUCUCCUGCGUCAGGUGGAGUCCCGGGUGGUGCCCAUCAUUACGCAAACUUAUCACGGGCCUCCGGUGGCCACCAUGGAAGAGGUGCAAGAGUACGCCCGGGGUCUGUCCGAGGGAUGGAUUGAGACAUUUGAAAUGUACGAAGUGAAGGUGGAGGAGAUGGAGCUGUCGAUUAAAGCGGACCAGGCGAGGCUGGGUGAUCUGCAGAGGGAGAAGAUGAUGUAUGCCUCGGAGUUGGACAGAUUACGCACAGAGGCGGAAAAACAAGGUCAGAUUCAGUUCCACCUUGAAGAGGAACUGAUGCACAUGCAGGAGAAAUUCCGGGUGGACCUCAAUGAAUAUCAGAUGAUCAUUGAGCAGCUGGAGCAGGAGAGGAAUGUGAUGGCUGACGCUAUUGCAGAAAAGAUGCGAGAGCAUCAGCACCUUCUCCAGGUGAAGAUGGAUCUGGGCAUGGAGGUGGCUGCCUACAGGGCUCUCCUGGAAGGCGAGAGAGUGAAUAUCCAAGAUGCUCAUAGGAGGGGGACUCAGCAUCAGAGAGAAAGAAUAAUAGAUAUCAAGAUGCCUGCACAGCGCCACACUCCAAGAGCUUCCACCUUAACCACCAGACAACAUAUGGAUAUCAGGUACACGCCGCCGACUUCAAACCUGAGAAGAUCCCCUGUGCCUCCCUCUGGGUCCAUAAGCCCCUCCAGGGUCAUCCCCAUUUCAGUUGCAGGCAGAGCUCGGCAUCAGAGUCCUGCAUCCAGAAGGGACAUGAUCUCAUUCACCAAAGCUCGAGCUGCUGCCUCUGCCCCUGCCCCUGCCCCUGCCCCUGCUACCGCCGCCGCCAAAGAUAAACAAACAGGCCAGCGUGAAUACCAAAUGAAACCACAUGCGCAGAAAACAGCAGCAGAGGAGAAAACUGUGGAAAUCAAACAGGUCUCUCGCAUAGAGAACAAAGCCAGUCCCAUCAAGUCCACCACUACUGAGACAAGUUCAGUGAGAGUCGUGUCACCGCCAAUGAUGAGCCUGAGCACGAAAACUGAAACAGAAAGCAAGAAGCAAGUGUCAGAUGAAAAAGAAAAAGAUUAUGAUUAUGGAGGCGAGUUCAAAGAUAAAGGGGAAACAGAGUCUAUGACGGGCCCAAGUGAGAAAAAGAUACUAGACUCUGUGUCUGUAGAGGAGAUCAUUGAGAAAGUGAUAAAACCAGCAGGUUUGGAAGCUGAGGGUAGCUCCUCGGGAGAUCCGCCGGUAAGGUAUCAUGUGGAGACAACUGAGCAGGAGGAUGGAACGAUGAAGACAAGGAUUGUGUUAGAGUCCAAAGUGGAGGAAGAGCUGGAUGUUUCUGAGGACUCUGCACUGGAUGAACUACUGAACCAAGGGGUUAAGAAGGCGUCACUGGAAGAUAUCAAGGACACAGCAACAGGAAGCAUGAUCAAGAACCUGCUAAGUGGCCUGCAGGCAAAUGAGAACUUGGAAAAUAAGUCUGUCAAUGUAGAAAUCAUUCAGGAACAAGUGGAGUCUUACAGUGAUGAGGAGAUUGAAGUUGAGCAGAAGUCCAGAUCUAGUUUCUAUGAGCCCUCCACGACAUAUUUCCAAAUCGAGGAGCUAGAAAACGUCCCUCAUGACACUCACGUUCAGAGGAGUGAUGGUGAUGCCAUGAAAACCUCCAUGACAGACACAGAUAGUUACAAGGGUGGAUCUGUGCAAGUUCAAGAGGUGUCUAGAGAGAGUGAAUCUCCCUAUUUCUCCCAUGAGCAAGAGCCUGACGAGUAUUUUGUCUCCACCCCAGAUGGUAAUCUCUCUGAAGCCGAGGAGGGUGUUGGCAUCACCUCAUAUGGCCAUUAUGGUAUCGUAGAUGAUCUGUCAGAUGAGCGGUAUUAUCAAGAUGAAAGUCCUCUCCCGAAAGAAGUGAUCGUAGAGGAAAGUGACGAAUACAAGUUCAUGUCAGGUGAUCACUCGUUUAUCAAGGAGAGCUUCCCGGAAUGCAUCAUUGAAGAAGAGGUUCGCGUCUCUCCUGUAGUGCAGGAGUCGGUGCUUGAGUUCCUGAGAGAGGACUCUUUGGAGCCCAAGGAGCAGCUGAAGGGGGCUCUAGAGAAGCUACAAAGCUCAGUGUCAGGUCCGCUGAAGGAGGAGUUGGCUUUCCUCACAAAAGUGAGCAGAGAAAGCCCAGAGAAUGUGGCUGUCAACGUCAAAAAAGUGCAACAGUCAAGCGACAACGGCACCAUGACUAUAGUUGCAGAACUGAACGUCUCUCAAACCCUGGAAGACUCUGGGCUGCUGGAGGCAGGAGGUGAUAUAUCUGAAGAGCAGAUCAUGGCAGCUCUUAAAUCUUCUAACCUGGGGAAAGCCUUCCAGGGUGGGGCAGGAGGGGGAUACAGUGUCAGGGUCUCCAAAGAAGAGGAUGUGGGGUAUGGUGAAGAGUUCCAAGGCUUUACUGAUGAAGGAGAGUCUGCGUCUGAAAUUACUGAGAAACACAUAACACUGAGGCCAUCAGAAAAGUCCUUUACCUUUCAGAUGGGCGCACAGGGCGGCCACGCUGAGGCGACCUCACCGCAAAAGACCCCGAUGAUGAUUUCGGAAGAGGAGAGAGUUGCAACAAUAUACCUUGAAAGCCCGACAGAUGAUUAGGAAAGAAUUUGGUCAGAAAUAUUUUCAAACUGAGUACUUGCCAAUGUAACUUGUUGAAGUGCACAUUGCAGAGGUUUUCCUGACGCAGCACUCCACACACACAAGGCGUUAAUGCUGGUUGCAGACACUGUAAUAAUGCUUUAAGCUCUGCAAAACAUUUUACAUCUAACUGAUUUUGCUGCGCUCUUUUACUGUACCUUAGACUGUGCCACCUAAAACUCAGUGUACCUAACGUUCGGUUACACUGAUCUGAUGAACGCAUAUUUUUAAUGGUAUUAACCGUGGCAAUGCUACUAUUACAAAUACUGAGUGCUAACUGAUAUUUGCUUUACAUCUCCGUAUAGUGGCAACUUUCCAUGCUGGUCGAUACUAAUGGAGUGCUGCGCUGGUAUGUGUUAACAUUUUUACAGCUUGCAGUUCAUCUUCAAGGAGAUUUGUUGACUCUCUCUAGAUUUCUCUAUUUUUGUACUAACCUGUGCUGUACAUCUUAAACAGCCCUUUCUGCAGUUUACAACACCCCAUCAAACCAGCCAUCACAUCAUGUGUCUGCCAUGGUGUUGAAUCUUUGGCAAGCCAACAUAUGCCAGUUGGAGUUAUGAGGUGCUGUGAGCUAUUUGCAGAUUGGGGCUUUCAUUUUUCUUUUGACUUGGGCACUGCUGCCAAAUGGAAUUGUUUUAGUAUAUACUGCAUCCUGGAACACGGUAGCUUAUUUGAAGCAGUAGUCAGAAUAUAGUGUACAGAGUAUAGUGAAGCUUGUAGCUGAGGACAGUACAGCGGAAGUGGGGAAAAGGUGGUGAUUUGUCUUAAGAAAUGUAGCAAGUUUUGAAUGCUAAUAUCAGAGAGUAGUGCAGGUAAAUGUGGCACUUAAAAGUGGUUGUUAGGUAACUUACAAAGUUGG